CCAGCCCCAUCAGAGGAAAUAUUACAAUGUUGCAAGCUGACGUAAGGACAUUACAAGGAAAGGGCUACAUUUCGGAGUGUUUAUGAAAAGCUUCGGUACUGUACUGUCACCAGGGGGCAUGCAAUAGAAUGCAUUUCGUCCAACAUUUGGGAUAAUGAUCAUUUAGAAACCACUACGACCAAAAACAAAAAGAAAAAGAAAAGCAAGAAAACGAAAAAGCGAGCGAGCGAGCUUCCAGUGAGCUUUGGAACCGGCGCCAGGCAGAGGAGCCAUGCAGUCAAACUUUCGGGAACCCUUGGUUAUUUUUUCUGACAUUGCAGCUCGCCCUUGAGGACCGCUUACUGAAUUCUCCGGAUUUUGUUUUGCUUCUUUUUUUUCUCCCUCCACCUCUCCCGCCGUUUCCAGGCCCGGUUGGUUCGCUUCCCUGUGGCAAAGGAGGAGAGAAUCGAGCGAGCUCCCUAACAGCGAGGAAGCCGCAGCAAAACGCCCUGCCUGCUUGCUUCUCUCCGCUGGCUGGCUGGCUGGCUGGCUCGCUCUCCCCCACGGCUCGCUUGCCUUGGGAUCCAGUGUUGUUUUGAAGGGAGCUAACAUGGCGACGGUGCCCGUCUAUUGCAUCUGUAGGCUGCCCUACGACGUAACCCGCUUCAUGAUCGAGUGCGACGCCUGCAAGGACUGGUUUCACGGCAGCUGUGUUGGUGUAGAAGAAGAUGAGGCACCAGAUAUUGAUAUCUACCACUGUCCAAAUUGUGAGAAAACCCAUGGGAAAUCUACUUUGAAAAAGAAAAGAAAUUGGCACAAACAUGACACUGGUCAAACAACAGAAGUAAAACCUGUCCAGAAUGGUAGUCAAGUGUUUAUCAAAGAACUUCGAAGUCGUACAUUCCCCAGUGCUGAAGAUGUGGUAAUAAAAGUGACUGGGAGCCAACUAACAGUUGAAUACUUGGAAGAAAAUGGAUUCACAGAGCCUAUUCUCAUUCCAAAGAAGGAUGGCUUGGGCUUAUCUGUUCCUGCGCCAACGUUUUAUGUUAGUGAUGUUGAAAACUAUGUUGGACCAGAAAGGAGUGUGGAUGUUACAGAUGUCACUAAACAGAAAGACUGCAAGAUGAAGCUAAAAGAAUUUGUUGAUUACUAUUAUAGCACAAAUCGAAAAAGAGUACUCAAUGUAACUAACUUGGAAUUUUCAGAUACAAGAAUGUCCAGUUUUGUAGAGUCUCCUGAAAUAGUGAAAAAGCUCUCUUGGGUGGAAAAUUAUUGGCCUGAUGAUGCUUUGCUGGCAAAACCAAAAGUGACCAAAUACUGUCUGAUUUGUGUGAAGGACAGCUACACAGAUUUCCAUAUUGACUCUGGUGGAGCCUCCGCCUGGUACCACAUCUUAAAAGGAGAAAAAAUAUUUUAUCUCAUCAAACCAACCUCUGCAAACAUCUCCCUCUAUGAGCGUUGGCAGUCGGCAGCAAAUCACAGUGAGAUGUUUUUUGCUGAUCAGGUGGAUAAAUGUUACAAAUGCACAGUUAAACAAGGACAAACACUCUUCAUUCCAUCAGGAUGGAUUUAUGCAACUUUAACACCUGUUGAUUGCCUGGCCUUUGCAGGACAUUUUCUACAUAGCUUAAGUGUUGAGAUGCAGAUGAGAGCAUAUGAAGUUGAAAGACGAUUAAAAAUUGUCAGCUUAACCCAGUUUCCCAACUUUGAAACAGCAUGUUGGUACACAGGAAGACACCUGCUAGAAUCAUUUAAAGGAUUGCACAAAGCUGGAAAGCAGCCUCCUUCCCAUUUAGUCCAGGGAGCAAAAAUUCUAAAUGGUGCUUUCAGGUCUUGGACUAAAAAGCAGGCUUUAGUGGACCAUGAAGAUGAACUCCCAGAACAUUUUAAGCCAGCGCAACUGAUUAAGGACCUUGCCAAAGAAAUUAGAUUAAGUGAGAAUGCUUUGAAAGUCAACAAACCUGAAGUGGGUGCUAAUGUGAAUGUUGAGGAAAUCAGUCCUGUGCAGAAAGAAGAAAUACCGUCACCCGCACCACAAACUCCUCCACCGCCGCCUCCGCCACCGUCACCGCCUCCGCCGCCACCGCCGCCACCAGCUGAAAAAGUCCCCAAGAAAAAGACCCCCAAAGCAAUAAAAGCGCCGAAACCCACCAAGCUAUCUAAACCUCCCAAGCCCCCCAAACCUCCCAAGCCUCCCAAGCCCCCCAAAACCCCGAAAGUAAAGGGGGAAGGGAAGAAAAAAAGCAAAAAAGUCAAAGAACCCCCUCCACCGGCCAUUCCAAAUUUAGACCUUCUUGAGGCCCACACAAAAGAGGCCCUAACGAAGAUUGAAACACCAAAGAAGGGAAAGACUGCCAAGAAUACUUUGAAUACCCCUAGUAAAGAACCCGUUGAUAAACAAAAUGAAGUGGAAAAGUUUGAGAUUCGGGAGCAGAAUAAAUCCAAAACAGAAGCAAAGUGGAAAUAUAAGAACAGUAAACCUGAUUCAUUACUGAAAAUGGAAGAGGAGCACAAACUGGAGAAGACACCACUAUCAGGAAAUAAAGACAAUAAAUUUAUGUUUUCCUUCUCCAACAAGAAAAUACUGGGAUCAAAGGGAAUGAAAACUCAGCUGAAUCCUGGUAUAUUUGGGUCACAGCAAAAUUUCAAAGAAGAUAAAGCAAAACCUGUGAAAGAUGAAUAUGAAUAUGUCUCAGAUGAUGGAGAAUUGAAGAUAGAUGAAUUUCCAAUUAGAAGGAAGAAAAACACCACAAAAAGAGAUUUGUCAUUUUUAUCAGAUAAAAAAGAGACCACACAGCACACUCCAGUUAAGAAGCCAAAAGUGGAAUCAGUAUUAUACAAGAGUGAUGACUCCUCUGAUGAAGAUUCUCUUCACAUUGACACAGAGGCCAAGCCAGGGCGCAAUUCUAAAGCAAAGAAAGAGACUGGAAGUUCAGCAGGCAUUCUAGAUCUUUUGCAGGCAAGCAAGGAAGUUGGGGGUUUAGAGUACAACAGCAACAGUCAGCCACCUGCAUCUCCCAGCACACAGGAAGCUAUCCAAGGAAUGUUGUCAAUGGCAAAUCUCCAGUCUUCAGACUCUUGUCUACAGCCUUCAUGGGGCACCAAUCAAGCUAAGAAUAAUUCCAUCUCUGCCCCCAAUUCCAAAAAAUCUGGAAGCAGCAACAGCAAAAAUGCAGGCAAACGAUUAUUGAAAAAGACUGCAAAAAACAACAUCGAUAUUGAAGAUUAUGAUGAGGACCAGGACCACUUAGAUGCCUGUUUUAAAGAUUCUGAUUAUGUUUAUCCCUCCCUUGAAUCAGAUGAAGAUAAUCCAGUUUUCAAAUCCCGAUCAAAAAAAAGGAAAAGUUCAGAUGAUGCACCAUACAGCCCCACAGCAAGAGUUGGUCCAUCAGUACCACGGCAGGACAGACCAGUCCGAGAAGGUACAAGAGUUGCUUCUAUUGAAACUGGACUGGCAGCAGCUGCUGCCAAAUUAUCUCAGCAGGAGGAGCAAAAGGGCAAGAAGAAAAAGAGCACCAAAAAGAAAUUAUCUCCCAGCAAUGCCAAUAAAGUCCCUCAGGAAAGCAGCUCUCCUGAACCCAAGCUGGAGUGCCAUAGCAGCAGCUUGGCAGACCACGAGUACACAGCUGGUGCCAGCACGCUUGGGGUGGCCCAAGUGAACAGAGGCUCCCAGCCCAUGGCCCCAGGAGUUUUUCUUACACAACGAAGGGCCUCAUCGUCAUCGCAGAAUAAUGCAGCUGCCAAAGGGAAACGUACAAAAAAAGGCAUGGCCACAGCUAAACAAAGGCUUGGAAAGAUUUUGAAAAUUCAUCGGAAUGGGAAACUUCUCCUUUAAACUCCGGUCAUAAUUGGGACUAUCAAAGUUCAGCAUAUCCUGAGCUGUCACACUAACUCUUCAACUCUUGAAGGACUUCAGUAGUAUUGUGCAACAUCUUAGGGACAAUACCAGUUAACUUUUUGCCACCACUUUAAUAAAUUCUUUUUAACUUUCAGCAGUUAAAACCUGUACAGAUACUGCUAUAAAUAUUUUUUAAUAUAGAUGUCCUUUCUCAAAUUGCUGAGAGUGACUAGUUCGCAAAAAGUUAAUACUCCAAAACACGGAGGAUCAUUCCAGUUUUAGGAAAGUAUCCCUUUAACUUGUUUAUAAGUGAAGAAAAAGCCGUUGUUUUUAAGAGUAUGCACAUUCAUUUCAGUUAGGCUUCUUUUAUCAAAACUGAACCAAUUUUAAAGAGGUAUCUGGUUAAGAGGCAGAGUUUUUAAAAAGUUUCUUAAAUUGACUUAUAGACAAGGGAAAGAAAUUUCUGCCAUGACUAUUUGUGAUAUGAUACAUGCACGAAACAGUAUGCAUAAUGAAAUAUCUAGUUUUCUUUUUCUGGCUCAUGAUAAAUAUGUUUGUUCAGUAGAGAAGUUAAAAUUGCACUUCAGCACUGCUAAAACUUUCCCUAUAACCAGACAUUGGAGAACUGUGGAUGAAUUAAUUUAUUUUAUGUGCAAUGCAAGGUGAUUUCUUAAACAUUAUCGAUUACAAAUCCAAUUUAAUUGGGUAAUGAUUUGGAUGUAGGUAAAUAAUGAACUGGUGCAGUUCUUUGGAAAUCAAUAGGGUUUUUUUUUUAAUUAGCUUUGGUUGUUGUUGGAUUGCCACCCUUUUCACUGAUAGAUUUUCAACACUCCCACUGUUUCUUUACACACACACACACACACACUGUGUGUGUGUGUGUGUGUGUAUAGUUUUAUUUUAGCCCCUACGGUAUAUUUCCCAUGUUCAAUGUCUCUGUUUUCAUAAUUGAAAGUCAAUAAGUGAUAGGAAUUAAACAUCAGCAAACACUAACAACCCUCCUCUCCCUGCUAAAAUCUCACAGUUAUGUAUAAUUGAGUAAAACAUUACAAAUGAAUUGGUACCUCAAAAUCAAGAUCGGAAAACACUAACUCUUGACUGUACUUAUAUAACAUGGUUUACAACCUACAGGGGCUAAAGCAAAAUCAAGCCAACUAUAUUAUAUCAUAGUAUGUUGUGUGAACCAGGCCAUCAUCUUAAGCCAUCAUGUUGUUUGCUUUGGCUUCACAUGUUGUGAGAAAAGAGCCACUGUGGUUUUGUAAACCGUAGUUCACGGAUUAAUGUGUUUACAUCCAGUCUGAAUCUGAUGGUUUCUUUUCUCUUUCUCUCUCUCACCUGUUCUAGCUAAAGUUUGUUUACAUGACCAUGGAAACUGGAAGUAUUUUUUCCCCUGUGCCAGUAUAUUAUUAAUUCAGCAUAGCUGUUUUGAAAUUAUCCACAUUAAUUUCCAUCAUAUGGAACUCCAUAUGACAUGGUGGGGUGGAAUCAGCCAUUAACUUGAUGAUAGCAUUGUAGCUUCUGUUUGGGUGGUCACAAUGUGCUGAUAACAUGUGAAAAUGGAGAAUACGUAGGAGAAGAGAUGCCACAGUUUCAUCCUGAGGUGAUGCUGCCAGAACCCUUGGCUUGCAAAGUGACAGGUUCUCAGUUUUAGUUGUGUGACCUGAGUGGGUGGCAAGCAUAUAUGAAUGAAUUUCCCCUGACAUUAAGUCCAUUCAUGUCCGACUCUAGGGAGCGGUGCUCAUCUCCAUCUCAAGGCUGAAGAGCCGGCGUUUGUCUAUAGACACUUCUGUGGUCAUGUGGCCGGCAUGACUAAACGGAAUGCCGUUACCUGCCCGCCGAAGCGGUACCUAUUAAUCUACUCACAUUUGCAUGUUUUCAAACUGCUAGGUUGGCAGGAGCUGGGACUAGCAACGGGAGCUCACCCCAUCACGCGGAUUUGAACCGCCGACCUUCCGAUCGGCAAGCUCAGCAGCUCAGUGGUCUAACCCGCUGCGCCACUGCGUCCCUUGGCAAGCAUAUAACCAACAUAAUAUAAGGUGGCAUCCUUAGUCACAUAUCCCCUUGCUUAUUUUUUUAAAGGACUUUUGAUCUCCAUCUAGCCAUUCAUACCUAAGUUCAUGACCAUUUUUUUGCCUUAUAAAUCAUUUCUGUUGUCUGAAGCAAAUGAAGACAAAACUGUUAAAUUCACCAAUGGCUCUUUUUUUCACCUUCAGUUCUCUGGAUCAUGGAUUAAUCCCUGGGUCAUGUAAACAAACCAAGUUGUUGUUGUCCUGGGACAACACACACUUAUCUUCUGCCCUAUCACCAAACCCUUUCCUUUGAGCUGCAUAUCAGGAGAAAAAGUGCCCCAAACAAACUUACUUUUUUCAGAAAGGAAAAUGCAUAAACCUUUUUAGUGCUUGUGAACCCAUUUAAGAAUAUAAAAUAAUGGAUCAACCUCAGUUGCCAGCCAUGUGAUGAGGUGGAAAGAAUGCACAGCCCUAUCAGAGAGGAAUUCAGAGCUCCUGACCUUCAUAUCAAAGCACUUCCUUUCAGAUGCGCUUGUCCGAAGGAACAAGGGCUGUGCCCACCUAGGGGUUGGGCCAGAAGAGAGCCAAGCUUAUUGACAGUUUAACUGAAUACUUGUUGCUUUUGAACUCUCUUAGUGUUUGGUGUAGAAUGCAUUAUAUUUUACAUUAAACUUGCUUGUCUGCAUAUAAACACUUAGAGCACAAUCCUAUGCAUGUUUACUGUUGUGUUCCAUGGAACUUAUUCUCAUGUAUAGAGUACUAUGUACAGGAUUGUAGCCUUAAGGCGUUACAUUUGUUUCUCAGGCAAUUCCAGAUUUUCAUUUAUAGAUAUGUGUCCGAAAGCAUAUUUUUUCAUAGAAUCUAGCCUGUAAAUAGCUUUUUAAAGUACCUUCUUUUUUAUAAGAUCAAAGUAUCUUUAGACAUUUCUUUCUAUAGAAUAGUUCAUUAACCUUUAUACAGAUUUUUUGCUGAGUAUUUUGCUGAGUAUUUUAGGUUCUUGACUCUGAAAGAGAUACUCUGUUUUUGUCCUUGAUUUAAUUACUUUUUUCUCCCUUUUUUAAUUUUGGCAUUGCCUGAAAAACAAGUAAAACUUUGUGCAGCCUUAUACAGAAUCAAAUAAUAGUACAAAAUUAUCUAUUUAAGAUACAAUAUGAAGAAGAAUCUUCAACUUUAUAAUACCAGCUCCUUGUCUCAAUUCUUGUAUUAUGAGGGGAUACAAUUAUUUUAUUAGCACCUUGUGAAGUGUUUCUGUGUUUUGUGAUGAUGUAAUUUAUUAAUGUUUGUAGCUUUUUAUAUUUGUACAUUUCUUAUGAGCUUUGUUUAUAUACACAUUACCUGGAUGUGAUGUCCAUGAGGAAAAAAUAAAACAGCUAUAGAAAACAACUGAGGCCUUAUUAACUAACCUUUCUAGUUAUGGUUGGGAGACUGGGUCUGAAUUCUUGGUGUCAAAAAUGUUAGUUGAAUAGGGCCCCAGGGUUAAUCAAGUUUUUUAAAGCUUCCCUAGUAUACCGUUAUUGUCAAGCAUUUAUAUAAUAUAACGCAAACAUCAUGCUGGUUUUAUUACUAUUAUUACGUUUAUGAUUAUUAUUUUCACAACAUGUACAUUUCUAACAAAGUUUAUUGUGGCUAUCUAUUACAGUGUUUUAUUUACCAGUUCAUAUCAAAUGCUCUUGUAUCAAGUCCAUGAAAUCUAAGUAAACUUAGAUCAAAAUUUUAAAAGUAAAAUAUUUCAGGUUUUGUAUAGAA